GCGUCUGCAAGACUGCAACUCAGUUUUAGCCUGUGGCAUCGCUAAAUACAGCCUCUGAUUGUUACACCGCCAUGUGUUGUGCGUCCUUGAAUGCGCAUCUCGUCUCCGUGACGUCAUGUGUUUGUGGGUGACAGCUGGAGCUCAUCAUAACCACAUCUUCACCCACGAAAAACUUCCACAAACAAUUCCUGCCCAUCCCAUCCCAUCCAACGCUACGAGACAAGAAAUGCUUCGGUCAAUAUCCCUCCGCCCGAUCGCCAAAGCCCUCCCGCACGCGAGGCCGCUGCUGCAGCUCAAUGCCGGCUCCAGCUCCAGCGCCAGCUCCGUCCGUUGCCUCUCCAACCUGGUCCGGCCAGCAGCAGCUCCGCAAUUGACCCGUCCUCGUCCUACUCCUCACCGUGUCCAGAGUGCACUCUUCAGGCCCCUAGGUGUCCGACUGUAUGCGGCGGCGCUGAAAGGCGACCAGCUGAAGAAGGAGCAGGAGCGGCACCGCCAGGAAAAGCUGAAAGCGCAUCCGGAAGCUGUGUCGAGUACCAGCUCCGUGAGGCAAGUGUUUGAGCCCGGUAAUCCCAGUGUUAAGAAAGACGACGAGGCGGAUAUGCUGCAUGGGAUCAAGUCGGAUCUGGCAACGGUUAGGGAGACAUUUGCUCUGCAUGAGGUGCCAAAGGAGGUGUUCUGGUUCGGCAUGGGAGGCUUGGCCCCGUACGUCGUCACCAGUGCCAGUACCUUGUUCCUGGCAUGGGACAUGAACCAUGCGUCGGAGACGGGCAUGGGCAUCUUUGUCAGUAAAGACACGGCCUCGCAUCUCCUCGAGAUCCUGGAGCCAACACAGAUUGGACUUGGGGCUAUCAUCCUCAGUUUCCUCGGUGCUGUCCAUUGGGGCCUGGAGAUGGCCAAAUACGGAGGAUCCCACCCUUACCGCCGCUACACUAUCGGCAUCCUGGCUCCCGCCCUGGCGUGGCCGACCAUCUUGCUGCCGCUCGACUAUGCGCUGCUCACCCAGUUCGUGGGUUUCGUGGGUAUGUACUUUGCCGACUCGCAGGCUACAACUAUGGGCUGGGCUCCGCGGUGGUACACCACCUACCGGUUCAUCCUGACCUUCGUCGUCGGUGCGUGCAUCAUCAUGACUUUGGUUGGCCGUGGUCAGAUCGGAGAUGCCGUUGAACCCACCCGCGGUGCCCGCCAACACCUGGCCGACAUCCGCCUGAAGCAGAGGGAGAACGUGCAGAGGGAGGAGGACGAGCGGAUCGCUCGUAUGGCGGCGGAAGACAGAAAGGUCAAGGAGAACAAACAGAAGAAGUCGGAUGAUGAGCCGACCGAUCCUGGCAAGAAGGCGGCGGGAGAUCAGCCCGGGAAGCAGGGAAUGCAUCAUGACGACAACCAAGACACCAGUGCGACGACGCAGCCGGGACAACCCACCGAUCCUACGCCGGAGAAGAAGGGCGAGCAGAAGCCCCGAGAGGAGAGGAAGGCGCCCACUGGAAUGAGGGGCUAGGAGGGAGAAGGCAUGGAGGUGAAGGGAAUCUUUUUAGCUGCAAUGCCAUGUGAUGAGGAUUUCCUUUGAGUUUCUCGGCUUUUUGUUUUCUCGGUUUUUUGUUUCUUGUGUCUACUUACAUAAUCAUCUACUGCUUCUAAAUAUGAGAACUGGGCGUACUCAAGUCUCAACCAUGCCGACUCGACUCCGGAAUUGGGAUCCUUCCUCCCA